UUCAAAUCAAAUUUCGGGUUAGGGUUUAAGAAGACGGUCACCUGCGGCAAAUCAGGGAGGAAUUUUCCGGCGGCAAGGAGCAAUAAUAUGUCGAAGAAGAAUAAUCUUUCGCGCAGGAAGAAGCAACACGAAUUCGACCUUAAAAGGGAGAAAGAUGAAAGGGAGAAGGCGGCAAAGAAGCUCCAAGCAAAGAAGAAUCAGAUGAAAGUUGAUGGUAGUGGGAAGCAAAAGAAGGGUGGAGGUGGAUUUCAAGUCGGGAAGAAAAAGGUGAAGACCAAGUUGACGGCAGCGGCAAAAGCAAAAGCUGCCCAGGCAAUGGAGCUUGAUCAGUGAGGUUUGAUUUGUAUAUUUUUAGGGGGCCCGAAUUGGGGAAUUGACAUGUUUAUUUAGUUUUAUGAUGAAUGUAGCACAAAGAAAUCUUCUCUAUUCAUAGUAAACUUUGAUUCUUCAUUUACCUUCUCUUGAUCUCUAAUGGGAUUCGAAUCUAGUUUACAGAGGAUAUUGAUACUGUAUGGAGUAAUUUCAUUUUUCAUUCCUUUACUUUGAACUUCAUCAUACGUCAUACAAUAUGAAAUGGGAUAUGAAGCCACCCCUUUAACACUCAA